AUGUACUCCUCCAACAGCUCGCAGGAGCCCCCAAAUAAUGGGACCCCAGGGCCUUUCGAUGGCCCCCAGUGGCCCUACCAGGCCCCACGGGGCAUGUACCUGUCGGUGGCCGUGCUGAUGGGCAUCGUUGUGGUCUCUGCCUCGGUUGUGAAUGGCUUGGUCAUCAUGGUUUCCAUCAGGUACAAGAAGCUCCAGUCCCCCCUGAACUACAUCCUAGUGAACCUGGCCGUGGCCGACCUGCUGGUGACACUCUGCGGCAGCUCCGUCAGCUUCUCUAACAACAUCAAUGGCUUCUUCGUGUUUGGCAAACAGAUGUGCGAGCUGGAGGGCUUCAUGGUCUCCCUGACAGGUAUCGUGGGGCUGUGGUCCCUGGCCAUCCUGGCCUUCGAGCGCUACAUUGUGGUCUGCAGACCCCUGGGAGACUUUCGGUUCCAGCACCGGCACGCCGUCAGCGGCUGCGCCUUCACGUGGAGCUGGUCGCUGCUCUGGACGACCCCACCGCUCAUGGGCUGGAGCAGCUACGUGCCCGAAGGUCUGAGAACCUCUUGCGGGCCCAACUGGUACACCGGUGGCAGCAGCAACAACAGCUACAUCUUGGCCUUGUUCGUCAACUGCUUCGUGAUGCCCCUCAGCCUGAUCCUCUUCUCCUACACCAACCUGCUGAUGACCCUGCGAGCGGCUGCGGCGCAGCAGCAGGAAUCGGACACGACGCAGCAGGCGGAGCGGGAGGUGACGCGCAUGGUGAUCGCGAUGGUGAUGGCCUUCCUCAUCUGCUGGCUGCCCUACACCACGUUUGCCCUGGUGGUGGCCACCAACAAAGACAUCGCCAUCCAGCCCGCUCUCGCAUCUCUGCCCUCCUACUUCGCCAAGACCGCCACGGUUUACAAUCCAAUCAUCUACGUCUUCAUGAACAAGCAGUUUCAGAGCUGCCUGCUGAAAAUGGUGUGCUGCGGUGAGCACUCCUGGGGGACAGGGAAAACCGCCCCAGCUGCACCCGGCCCCCGCGCAGGCAUCGCUGCAGACGGGCUGCGGAAUAAGGUGACGCCAUCUCACCUCGUCUAA